UUGCACGCCUUCUUCCCUUCUUACCCAACCAUGUCUGCACCUAGUGACUGGGGCCAAUUCUACCAUCACCAAAAUCUUUCAGCAACCAUGUUUGGCUGCGAUGGUGGUGUCUCUGAUGCCACCGUCGCCACCUCUGUCACCUCCUCAGCGGCUGCCAAUAUCCCUACCUCAUUAAUGGGUGGUUCUGGCAAUUCUACCACAUCAACUUCUGGUGGCGGUUUGAGCCCUGAAGGUCGCGUCUCCAAGCCUGUUCGUAGACGGUCUAGAGCUUCAAGGAGAACUCCUACAACUUUACUGAACACAGAUACUACGAAUUUUCGGGCUAUGGUCCAGCAGUUUACUGGUGGCCCUAGUGCUCCUUUUUCUUCAGGAUCACAGCUUAAUGCACCAAGUUUUGGUUUUUCGUUGAACCCACGUCAAGCCCAUGUUAACCCUAGUGCAGUUAUGGUCCCAGGUGCAGCUGGUUACCAUCUCCAAUAUCAGCAGCAAAGCCAACCAUCGUACAUGUUUUCAUUGGGAAAUAGCACUACUAGCAGUUCUCCUGCUCAUGGUGAUUUGUUUUUUCAAAGGCUUGGUAAUCCUAGGUCUGCAACCAUGGAUAUCUCAGAUGGGUUGGUGAUGGAGGGUCUUUCCUCCGAUGUGGUGGCGAGGCCGCCGCCUCCUCCACCUAGGCAGCCUUCUUCCUCUUCCAAUGAGAACAGAAGCAACACUUUCUUGUUUUGAGAGGGACAUAUGGAACAAAGUUAGGCAGUGGCUGACUUGUCCAAACGCAGAACCAUUGACCAAUGUAAAUAUCGUGUUACUUACAACUUCUUGAUGGCUUUUUUUUUUUUUCUAGAUCCUCCAAUGUGGCUAAUAGUAACCUGCCACAUGUUUUUUUCCCUAUUUUACCAUUUUGCAGGAAUAUUUUUAUUGUUUCUCUAAUUAAUCCAUCUUGGGUUUGUUUUGCAAAACCAUGGGCCAAGAUUGGGAAUGUCAUGAGGCCUGCAUAUAUAAAUAUAAUAAUAUGUAAGGGAGCUUAAUUUUCAGGGGAAAUUCAACCGUUUCAUUUUAAUUUA